AUGGCUGAUAUUGCAAAAGCGAUUGUAUUCACGUCUUCCAAACACGCCGUGGAUUCUCUUGAAAAUACCCAAGCCGUAGUUGGACCUUCCCGGGAUUUUAGCAAUGCGGCGCACAUUUUAUCCUAUUACAAAACCCUUGGCUUUCAGGCGACCCAUUUUGCCCAGGCCUGCGAGAUUACGCAGCGCAUGUUCGAGCCGCAGCCCCCUUCCAAAAACUAUAUUUUUAAAGAGGGAGAGUUCGUCGAGUCCUGCCUGGAAACCUCUUCUCCUGAAGAAGCGGAGGGAAAAAAUAUUUCGCAGGCCCAUUCAGGGACGUUGUCUUCUUCGGAAAUUCACAUUUACCCCACCAUUUUUCUAGGAAUGACGGCAAAUUUGCUGGGAACGGGCUGUCGGGAGGCUUUGCAGUUUCUCCUUCAGGAGGGCGUUAAACCACGCGCGAAAAAUGGUAAAGCGGUGGAAUGUUCAGAAGACAUCGACCCGAAUAAUGCGAUCGAUUUUAAAUCACUUCGGCGAAUACCGUACAAAGAGCUCAUAACGAACCUACGCAAUGAUCGCGGGGAGGAGGACCUCGAGGGAUUAAAAGAACGCAUCUCGGAAGCGGAUCAGAAGGCCGCGGGAUCUUGCCGUAUGGACUCUUCUUUUUAUUCUUCUUCGGCGGCAGAGCAGCCGUUGAAUUAUAGUUUUCUCUCCGCGAUCGUUGUGAGUGGUGGCGGGAUGGAGCAUGAUCUACGCCGCGCGUGUGAGGCCUACCGUAUCACCGAGUACGUUAGCGAAGAAAUUUCCAAUAAACGAAGUCGACCUAAAGAAGGCGCUCGAUGUAGAACCGCGAUGAGUUCCAGUGGUAAAUUUGGAAACAUCAUUUAUGGCGUGCCGUCGAGCGAUCCAGGGGCGAAAGACGUGGAAAAGGAUUAUUCCGAGAUCCGAAGGGUCUCACUUUUUGACGUGCUCAUGCGGAAGUUCAUCGCAGCGCUCCUCGCACGGCAGGAAAGGCUCCAAAAAGAAACGAAUACCAUAUCCUCAAACCCUAAUACCCUCUGCGCGAUCACUCCGAGCGAGAUAUGGGCGCUUGCAGGGAUUUGGUUGGAGGAUCUCAUGGAGGACGCCCUUUUGGAGGUUGCCAAACGCACAAUCUCAACCACAAAUCCGGAAAACAAGGCGGAUUCCGAAUUAUGCCAUGCCAUUCGUAAAGAAGCCAUCCAUCGCGCUCGCAGCACGACUUUAUACUGGGCGGCUCUCCAGGAGGUUCCUAUUUUUUCACCUUCCCUUGCGGAUGGAGAUAUUAUUGAUUAUAUUAUCACCAAUAAAAAUGAUACCCUUAACCAUAAUCCCAAUGUUUUUUCUACUUUACUUAAAUUAGACCUUGUACGGGAUCUUUCACUAAUUAAUCGGAUGGCGAUGUUUAGCAAAUGCACCGGAAUGAUUAUCUGCGGUGGGGGCGUGAUAAAACAUCAUAUCGCAAACGCGAAUUUAAUGCGGAAUGGCGCGGAUUACGCCGUUUACAUGAGUAAUUCGCACGAAUUCGACGGUUCCGAUGCCGGUGCGCGGCCCGAUGAGGCCGUUUCCUGGGGGAAAAUCCGCAUUGACGGGCGCAGUGUGAAGGUUUUUGGUGAAAUCACCACCAUCUUUCCCCUUCUUGUGGCCCUGGUCUUUUUGCCGCUCGUCCGUCAAGCCAAAGAAAGAGAACUAUCAAACAAAAGAACUUGA